AUGCUCAGUCUUUCCCUCGACCGAAAUGCUCUAUCAGGAAGGAUCCCUAAACUGGGGGAUGCAACCAAACUCCAAGAGCUGGAUUUGUCCAACUUGCCAAAGCUGACAGGAGCAGUUCCAUCAGAGCUUUCUGGUUUGUCUGGUCUUUCACACCUGGAUCUGGCGGGCAGUCGAGGUGUCACUGGCACCAUGCCAACAGCAUUGUGCGAUCUGGAUGACCUCUUCUUUUCAUGCACAGAUUUCCUUUGUGGCUGCUAUUGCCAAUGCCCACCGUCCUAG